GCUUCCGGCUUCCGGCGGAGCCCACGGUCGUCGCGCGCAGCCGUCAUGGCGGCCGAGGAGAAGGACCCCCUGAGCUAUUUCGCGGCUUACGGCAGCAGCAGUUCAGGUUCGUCGGGCGAGGAGGAUAAUAGCGAGCCGGAGGAAACAAAUCGCAGGACCCCAGAUCCUGCGAAGUCGGCGGGCGGCUGUGGGAACAAGGCGGAGAAGCGGCUGCCGGGACCCGACGAACUGUUUCGGAGCGUGACUCGCCCGGCCUUUCUCUACAAUCCGCUCAACAAACAGAUAGACUGGGAGAGGCACGUCGUCAAGGCGCCUGAGGAGCCUCCAAAAGAAUUCAAAAUAUGGAAGUCAAACUAUGUACCACCUCCGGAGACCUACACUACUGAGAAGAAACCUCCCCCUCCAGAGCUGGAUAUGGCGAUAAAGUGGUCUAACAUAUAUGAGGACAAUGGUGAUGAUGCCCCACAGAAUGCUAAGAAAGCUAGGCUUCUACCGGAAGGGGAGGAGACAGUGGAAUCAGAUGAUGAAAAAGAUGAGCAUACUUCUAAAAAGCGCAAAGUAGAACCAGGAGAACCAACAAAGAAGAAAAAGUAGAAAACAACAAAUGACAAGAAUUUCUGGACUGCGAAACUUGUUGAAACGGUUUUUUUGGUCAGAUUAAGUUGACAAUUUAAAUUAUUAUGAAACAACAUCUCCAUGAAAGUACAUGUUAAUUAACUAAUAUUAAGUAUUGCUGUGGGAACUUUCCACUGUAGAAUUCAUUUUUUAUUUAAAACUUUAUUUAAAACUCAAGUGGUGAUUUGUGAUUGUGAAAUUGACAACACAUGGAAGCAUUCUUGCUAUCACAGAAUUGGUGACAUGCUUUGAGAGUUUUGUCACAUGUCGACAUGCCAAUGUUCUAUGAACCUUUUAUAAAGGAAUAUAUUUUUAAAGUAAAUAUAUUGUACUGUGAACUUGUAGGGUGCUUUUCAACAGUGUUUGUACAGUGUAAAUAGAUCAUGGAAAUAAAAUUACUUAUUCAGUAUUA